CAUUUGUCAGUUGCCAUUUCCCCCUCCCCACCGUCUUCUUCUCUCUUGGUUUCAACGCAUGCACCCAUCACCAUACUCGUCUUCCCUUCCCCCCAGCAGCAUUCAAACCUCUCGCCAUCCAAUCCCUCACGUUUCUCUCGCGUCCCCUCUUCCCAAAGCAAGCAAGCGACCAACCAAGCAGAAAAAGACAGCUCGAAGCAGCCAUUGACCUGCUAACUACGCAAUCCAUCCAAUCCUAAUCCCGUACUCCACUGAUCCGUGCCAAGAGCCAGAAGCAGCCCCGUCGUCUCCUUCCUCCCAUGUGGCGGCUCAACUAGGUGGUCUGUGGAAGCCCACACAGAGCUGGGGAGUCGCCUCAACGGGGCAGAAGGGCGAUGCAGUGCUUCCGGUUCGCGGGCUGGGAGAAGGAGCGGGAGAAGGACCUGCAGGGGCCAACACGAUCGCAGUCGGCACUUUCCAACAGCAGCAUGUCCACAGAUCAUGACGCACGGCGGUCUGGGUCAGAGUGCUGCUCGCUCAACAUGUCAUCAGAGAUGAGCGUCGAGUCGUUUGGUCGGUACCGGCAGCUUUCGCUGCCGCAGCGGCCCAACAAUCUCCGUAUCUUUACCUUCCAGGAGCUCAAGAAUGCUACCCGGAACUUCAGCCGCACACUCAUGAUCGGCGAGGGUGGCUUUGGCUGUGUCUACCGUGGCACCAUCCGGAGUGUCCUUGAGCCGCGUCGAAGCCUUGAUGUUGCCAUUAAGCAGCUUGGACGCAAGGGCCUCCAGGGGCAUAAGGAAUGGGUGACCGAGGUGAAUUUUCUUGGGGUGGUAGAUCAUCCUAACCUGGUGAAGCUCGUUGGGUACUGCGCCGAGGAUGACGAGAGGGGGAUUCAGCUGCUGCUCGUGUACGAGUACAUGCCUCAUGGGAGCCUAGCUGAUCACCUAUCAACGAGGUCGCCCAAGCCAGUUUCGUGGGCAAUGAGGCUAAGAGUAGCACUCGACACUGCUCGUGGUCUCAAGUACCUGCACGAAGAUUCUGAGUUCAAGAUAAUAUUUCGUGAUCUGAAGCCUUCAAACAUUCUGCUCGACGAGAACUGGAACGCAAAAUUGUCAGACUUUGGAUUGGCUAGACUGGGACCACAAGAGGGAAGCCAUGUUUCCACAGCGGUGGUGGGGACUAUCGGGUAUGCAGCUCCUGAGUAUAUCCAUACAGGGCGCCUCAGCAGCAAGAAUGACAUAUGGAGCUAUGGUGUAGUGCUCUACGAGCUCCUCACAGGCCGGCGACCUCUGGACCGGAACAGGCCAAGGGGUGAGCAGAACCUUGUAGAAUGGGUGAAGCCUUACUCUUCGGACACCAAGAAGUUUGAGACCAUAAUGGAUCCGAGGCUCGAAGGGAACUACAACUUGAAGUCAGCAGCCAGGAUUGCCUCACUGGCAAACAAGUGCCUGGUGCGCCAUGCCAGAUAUAGGCCUAAGAUGAGCGAGGUGCUGGAGAUGGUCCAGAAGAUCGUCGAUGGUAGUGAACUCGGAACACCAGAGCAUCCUCUGAUAAGCCAUUCAAAAGAAUUGGCAAGUGAUGAGAAGAAAAGGAAAGGUCUCGAUCUGAAGAGGAGAAUAGCUGAUAUUAAAGCUGGAGACGGGAGAUGGUUUACAUGGCAGAAGUGGACACCCAAGCUUGUGAGAACACACUGACUCACAUUACCGAAGGGACAUGUUUCCUUGAUGACUUUAACAUCCAUAGAUUUUAACAAAACAGCAACGGCAGAAAUGCCACUUGAGUUGUUAUUUAUCAUAAAACCAGAGAGCAUGGUAACUGAAAACAAAUGAUUUGGCGGAGCCUGAUGCUAUCACCGCUUAAUAACGGCUAUUCCUGAAUUUGUGGGGUCGCAUCCAGGCAGCCUUCACAUAGCUGAGAUUCCAUGUUUUCAUAAGAGCUGGAAAACCAACUCAAGCAGUAAUUUUUGAGAGUAGAAAUCUUAUUCUACAGUUUAAAUUGGUUUUUGGCUAUUGCUGAGUGAGUUUUGAGUUGUACUUGUAUCAAGUGCCAAAUAAGGAUUUUCAGGCAGUACAUGUAGCUCAUUGGUUCCUGAAUUUGCUAGCUUUGCACCCUGUAUCGAUACCUCCGCAUAAUUUUAUUACUACUUAUCUGCAA